AUGUCAGUCUCUAGAGGAAAACUACAAAAGGUAGCUGAAUUGUCUGCAAAGAUAUUUGAUCAAGUGUAUAAUCCGACUAAUGUCAGAACAGGCAAUAAAAUACUGUCAAAAAGACUGAAGGGUCCUUCGAUCAAACAGUAUUAUGGGAAUCCAGACGUAUUAAAGUUUAAGCAUAUGAAAACAUUAUAUCCUGAUAUGAAGUUUACAGAUCCUGAUGAAGAAUAUAGACUCUCGAUGGUCGAAUUGAGGAAACGUCGUGGUAAAGGUACCCCUGCUAAGGCAAAGGCACCUUCUGACAAGAAAAAGAAGAAAUGA